AUGGGUGCUUCAGCUCCUAUAUCACCAACAAUUCUUCUGCAAUAUUACUCUGUGCUAUAUAGAGGCUGCCUCCGGGCCUUUCCUGAGGUUGCCAGAGCAAAGCAUGCAGGCAUUACGAGGCACUACAAGCUCGACGCAAAACUGAAAAAUGCGACCCAGUUGUGCCACACCAAGAGCAUAGAGACAGUUAAUGGGAUGUUCCCGGGGCCCCGCGUAGUUGCUAGAGAAGGUGACCGUCUAGUGGUGAAGGUGGUCAAUCAUGUUCCAAAUAAUAUCAGCAUCCAGCGGCAUGGAAUUCGACAGCUUCAAAGUGGAUGGGCAGAUAAGCCAUCAUGCAUCACAUAAUACCCUAUUCAAACAUACCAGACAUAUGUUUACAACUUCACCAUUACAGGAAAAAGAGGAACUCUCUUCUGGCAUACUCACUUUUCCUGGCUUAGAUCUACUGUCUAUGGACCCCUCAUCAUCUUCCCUAAGCAAAAUGUUUCUUAACGAUUUGCCAAACCCUGCAAGGAAGUGACCAUCAUGUUGGGUAAGUGGUUCAGUGCUGAUCCUGAGGCAGUGAUUAACCAGGCAUUACAGUCUGGAGGGUGGCCAAAUGUCUCCGAAGCCUACACCUUUAAAGCGUGUUCAGAGUGUGGAAAGACAUAUCUUCUCCGAUUGAUCAAUGCUGCACUCAACGAUGAGCUCUUUUUCAGCGUUGCGAACCGCACAUUCACCGCUGUCGAAGCGGAUGCAACUUAUGUGAAGCCUUUUGAGACCAACCUUUUGGUUAUCACACCAGGACAGAACACAAAUAUUCUUCUGAAGACCGAACCCGUAGCCCCCAGUGCAUCAUUCUACAUGUUAGCAAGACCAUAUUUUACUGGCCAAGGCACGUUUGAUAACACGACUGUUGCAGGGAUACUUGAGCAUGAAAGUUCUUCAAAGUCGAGCAUUAAACCAAUCCUACCUCUUAUUAACGCUGCAAGUGUCGUUGCGAAUUUCACAAGAAAAUUUCGUAGUUUGGCCAAUUCUCAAUUACCAGUUGAUGUGCCUCAAACAAAAGCAGUCAAGAAAUCCUUCUUCACAGUUGGACUAAGAAAUAGCCCGUGCACAAAAAAUCAGAAAUGUCACGGGCCUAAUGGCACAAAAUUUGCAGCUUCUGUUAACAAUAUCUCCAUGGCUCUCCCUUCGGCAGCACUCCUCCAAUCCUAUUUUUUCAAAAAAUCAAAUGGGGUUUAUGCCACUGAUUUUCCAAGCUUUCCUCUCCAUCCAUUCAAUUACACUGGGACCCCACCAAAUAAUACUCUUGUGACCAACGGUACCAAGGUUGGAAACACAAGUGUAGAGGCAGUGGUGCAGGACGCUAGCAUUUUAGGUGCUGAGAGUCACCCUCUCCAUCUUCAUGGCCUCAAUUUCUUUGUUGUUGGAGAAGGGUUUGGAAAUCUUAAACCUACUAAUGAUCCCAAAAAUUUUAACCUUGUUAAUCCUGUUGAGAGGAACACUGUUGGUGUGCCUUCCGGUGGUUGGGUGGCAAUUCGUUUUCGUGCAGACAAUCCAGGAGUGUGGUUGAUGCACUGCUAG